UUGGCUUAAAAUCUUUCUGAAGUGAACAUUUGAAAAUGUAGACACUCGCAGAGAAUCACAUAAAUUAAACAUUCCAUUUUGAUAAUGUCACUAACUGUUACAAGUAAUUUCAACACAUUUGUUUCAGUGGAACCUCAGGUUUUGAUUUGUUAAGUGAACCCGUUGUCAAACCGUAACGUUCAUAAACUAAAGUACAGUUUCCUAAUGAAACAAAUAGAAAUUCCAUGAAUUUGUUCCAACUGCCGAACAAGAAAUUUCCCUUGUUUGAUUGUUGCAGAGUCUUAGCCAUUUAGCCAAAGUCAUUUUUAUAAAUAGAUAAAUAAAUAAAUAAACGUUAGAAGUGUGUAUCAAACUAGUAGCCCUUCGCCUAUUCAACUAGCAAAAUGUAGCUAUGUCGGUUAACCUGUUGGUGAAAAGUUAUUCCAAUGUUAGGAUUUAAGAUGUCAUUGUUGUUUUUGAAGAAUUAGGCAAAAACUAUAGAAAUCUGAAUGUUUUGUACUGAUGUUCCUAAUUUUCCAGCAACCAAUGAAAAUGCACAUAUGUGCAGUAUGUAAAAGCAAAACACUUCAUUGCUUUUUUUAAAUAUUUGGCCUGAUAUCGAUGAUAUUUGCUGACACUUGCACCUUUUUCCCUGGCUUUAUUUUAGAAGUCUUGCACAGUUUGAAAUGUCCAGUUUCUGUUAUGAUGUGCGUUGUGUCCAUGCAAUGCGUGAAGAGAGCACGUAAGCAUUUCGGAUCCCUCCUCCCUGGUGCUGUGCCGGCCCCUCUGUCACUUUAAGUCCUCCCCCUCGGAGCCAGCCAACAGCAGCUGUUCCAUAUUCAUCAAGCCCUUGAGUCUUAAAGAGCCCAAUCCCGCCUGUGGAAAGAGUCAUUCCUCUCGCUGGCGCUCUCCUGCGCUCUCCAUCUCAGUCCUUAUCCCGCCACUGCCUGCGCUUCUCUCGCUCUCUCUCUCUCUCUCCCUCUCUCUCUCUGACUCUCUUUGCCCUACACACACAUGCGCUCUCCUACAAUCAGAGACGCAGUCUUCUUGCCACACAUCUCGACAUAACAACAUACACAACACACAUGUCCCCUUCCACAUGCGUGCAGCCAGUCAGUCCAUCAGAGUCCAACAUACCUGCGCAGGCUGGGGGAAGCGCUGCUGGAGGGGCUUUUCGUCUCUGAGGGUGCUCGGCUGUCAUUUGGGGGAAGAAGCGGCUCUCAAUUGUUUCCUCUUUCCUCUUCCUCUCAUUCCUGGAAUGCUAAAACUGGACUGAUGGACAUUUCAGAACUUUGUCUCCCAGACCCUCUCAGCUAUCAUAACCAGGCUUUGUUGUCCAAUUCAUUAGAGAGAUUCCUGAGUCCACUGGCCACGCUGGAGCCUUCUCAUUUCUGGCUGCUGAAUAGAAUGGCCGCUGAUGAUCGGCACCUACCCUCCAGCUGCGGGUCCUACAUUAAAACGGAGCCAUCCAGUCCGUCCUCGGUCAUUGACACAGUCAGCCACCAUAGUCCCAGCGGCAACUCUGACGCUAGCGGUGGCUAUGUCAACACCAUGAACAGCCACUCCAACGGCCUGGACUCUCCACCUAUGUUCACUCCCGGCGGGCUCGGAGCCGGCACCUGCCGCAAACGCUAUGACGACUGCUCCAGCACCAUCAUGGAGGAUUCAUCCAUAAAGUGCGAAUACAUGUUGAACUCCCUCCCCAAGAGGCUGUGCCUGGUCUGUGGAGAUAUAGCUUCGGGGUAUCACUAUGGUGUGGCCUCUUGUGAGGCCUGCAAAGCCUUUUUUAAAAGGACAAUACAAGGCAACAUUGAAUACAGCUGUCCUGCCACAAAUGAGUGCGAGAUCACAAAACGGAGACGCAAAUCAUGUCAGGCUUGUCGCUUCAUGAAAUGCCUCAAAGUGGGGAUGCUGAAAGAAGGUAAGAAGAGGGUUCGUCUGGACCGAGUUCGAGGGGGCAGACAGAAGUACAAGCGGAGGUUGGACACUGAAAACAACCCCUACCUUGGUUUGGCGCUCCCCCCUCCUACCAAGAAGCCUCGUGAGUACUGCCCCGUCACUAGCCUAUUGUCUCCCAUCUCCGUCGCCCCUCCUCUGCCAGGCAAGCAAGCAGUCACAAAGAUAGUAUCUCACCUUUUGGUGGCAGAGCCAGAGAAGAUCUACGCCAUGCCUGACCCCACCAUGCCGGAGAGUGACAUAAAAGCUCUUACCACACUCUGCGACCUGGCUGACCGCGAGCUGGUCGUUAUCAUCGGCUGGGCCAAGCACAUCCCAGGAUUUUCCACUUUGUCUCUGGGUGACCAGAUGAGUCUUCUGCAGAGCGCCUGGAUGGAGAUCCUCAUCCUCAGCAUCGUGUUCCGUUCGCUGCCGUACGAGGACGAGCUGGUGUACGCCGAGGACUACAUCAUGGACGAGGAGCACUCGCGGCUGACGGGCCUGCUGGACCUCUACGUGUCCAUCCUGCAGCUGGUUCGCAAAUGCAAGAAGCUCAAAGUGGAGAAGGAGGAGUUUGUCACACUCAAGGCCAUCGCUCUCGCCAACUCAGACUCCAUGCACAUAGAGGACAUGGAGGCGGUCCAGAAGCUGCAGGACGCUCUGCACGAGGCCCUGCAGGACUUCGAGAGCAGCCAGCACCCGGAGGACCCGCGGCGGGCGGGAAAACUGCUCAUGACCCUGCCCUUGCUGCGGCAGACGGCUACCAAGGCUGUGCAGCACUUUUACAGCAUCAAGGUGCAGGGCAAGGUGCCCAUGCACAAACUGUUCCUGGAGAUGCUGGAGGCCAAGGUCUGAUUCUUGGAGCUGCUUUAGUGCUGCACAGUGGGACUUUUUGGAAGCAGGAUUUAGAAGGUGCUCGGGAGGCGGGGGUGGGGGAGACCUCAGCUUGGCGAGGCGGCACUCAGACUGACCUCACUCCUCCUGCAACAUUCGGACACCAUGUUUAAAAAAAAAAAAAAAAAAGAAACAACCAGAAACUUGGUUAUUAAUAUAAAUAUAAGAAUGAUGAAGAUUAAUGUAAAAUAUAUAUACAAAGUUGUACAGUAAUAAUUUCUUUUUGUUAAUUGUUGGUGGUCAUGCUCCCAGGAUCCCUCAGCAUCUUCAGAAUAAGUAGAUGCCAGUAACAAGAAAUUCCUUCAUUGAAUUUAUUCUGAAGACGGCAGAGGUGUGUCAACACAACACUUUCAUCAAUGUGUUUCCGUCCGGGACAUGUAUACGUUGAUUACUGGAAAACUGAGUGUACAGUUUGAAGUCUGUUGAUAUUGGUGGCCAUUUUCUCUCACCCUCCAUGCGCAGGUGAGGGGAGAAAAAAAAAAAAAAAAAGAACAGCUUAAAUAUGAGCUGUUAACUUCUGAAACGUCCUCGGACGUCCAAGUUACAGUACCUCUCGAGAGCAGUGUGAUCUGAUCCGUCUCACAGUGGAAGGCUUGUUUAACCAAACUAGAAUAGGCAGUUACACUAGUCGCUAGUCUUCUUCUGUAGUUCAGCAAUAAAUGACGGUGUGGGAAUGCCAGGCUCAACCUUCAUCUUUCAUGUGCUGCGUUUCAAUGCUGCUCUUGCCACAAGGCCGUGCCUGCUCGCUUGCUUCUAUCGCACACUACAAUAUUUCUCGUCUCCUCACGUUAGCCCAUCGAUUGUGUCCUUUUUAAGCCCGUGGAAAUGGGCCGAGCCAACGUAGGUUAUAGGUGAAAGCUGAUCAUCAGUAUCAAAGGCUUUCUACAAAGUGGCACUAGUCCAGGAGAUUCCAUGUUCAAACAAUCAGAGGCCCAUAUGUCAAAGCGCUCUAUUUUGGAACCCCUUUAAGCCCGCGGCGGAGUCAUCCCACACACUGGGAGCAAGGUGGCUAGCAUCUGCUCGCACCAUCUUAGAUACCUUCUGGCUUUAAAUAGCUGUGUCGGCAUUUAUAGAGCCUGAAUCGGACCUAGGUAAACGGCAGGUGCAAAGGCACUUCACAACGGAUUUAUAUUUAACCCUGCCGGAGGUUGUUGUCUGCGUGGCGGCGGGCACGUGGACCGCGUUUUGACCAUCAUGUUGACACAGUGGUCAGUGGUGGAGCCAAACAUUUUUCAUUGGGCUGGCCAUGGUAAGACCAUGACUCACAUAGAGGUGGCGGAAAAUUGAUACGCACGCAUGUGCACACACAAACGAACACACAUUGACACACACACCAGAAUGUUACACUCUACUUGCACUUUGAACAAUUCAAAAGUUGCCAAGUCAAUCUUGUUUACUUAUUCACCUUUGUUUCUUGUCCCAUGCACUGAGAGCCUACCAGAGGACUAAAUUUUCACCGACGCCAUUUUGCUCGUGAAUCUGGCGUAACCUGCCUGCUGAUUGACAGCUCAUUCAAGUUAUAUCUGAGAAGCACAAUUACUAGAAAAAAAUACAACAAUCUCUUCAUUUGUAACACAAAAUUACUAAAGAAUUAGCAAACACAAAUAUCAAAUGACCUGGCAACCGAAGACCUGUAAAAGGUACAAUUAUGGUGAUUAUGCAAUACAACCAUCAAAGCCUCCACUGGCACCACUGCUAUGGAGUCCACUUGUGGAACAGCAGGUAGCCUACCACUUGUGGGAUGUGGUUUUAGCCACAGUCAGUCCAGGCAAUCCUCUCCUCCUGCAGAAAGUUCUAUUCUGCAGAAAAUUGUGUAAUAUUCUCUGCCACGGAGCCACAUUUGUGAGUUAUCCUCCAGCCCCACUCACAGUGGCCGAUGCUGUAUGACACCAUCGCCCAGCAGCUUGCUAUGCGGGCGGGAUGGCCGAGCUAUGCAAGAAACAAAGUGUCAGCAUGCGCCAGAGGGUAACAGCAAGCCAACAAUGUGUCACUACAAGGUGUGAUCCCUGCUGGGAGACAGAUCUUAGGCUCUCUUUAACUUCAUGUCCAUUACGCCGCCUGUGAGCUCAACUCCUGUCCGUCCAACUCACUUGUGAGACGUGCGCGUUUAUACUACUGACAGAUUUUAUGUGGUGUGAUAAAAGGCAGGGCUGUCACAAAAAAUAUAAGACUUUCAUCAAAGUAGUGGUGGAGAGUCACCGUUGUGCUCACAAUGUGAAAGGCCAGCACCUAGGCAGGGUUCACAGCAACCUGGGGUCAAUGUUAUGAAGUCAAACCAGCCACACCUUUCAAAAAAUAACUCCCAGUUAUAUUGUAGAGGGACACUGGGCUCUAUUUUUGUAGGUGGUGCUUGUAGAAAUGUCGGCAUACUCUGAUUUUUGUUGCGCGAAUUUCAUCCUGGCGCAGGCAGACACAUUCUGAGUUCCAUGGACAUGUCACAUACAUUGUAUUCAUAAAAGACACAGUAGCGGGCAUCAAACCCUCUGAAACAAUUUAUUGAAUGCUUCAUUAUGAUUCUUAAUUAUUUAUUUAUUUUUAAUUCACCCAGCACACAGCUAUAGGGGCACCAAUGAUCAGUGUUCCUGUGCUCACACCCACAACGGCGCAAAUCGCUUUUUUAUAAUUCACCGACUUGCGAAAUUACCACAUUGAUGCAUAUUUACGCCGCUCGCCAUGCCAAAUUUGUGUUGAUUACAAAAAUAGAGCCCUGUAAGUCCACUUGCUGUUGUGCAAUACAAUCGGGACCAUUUCUGAUUGCGACCGUGCUCCAAGCAUGCUUUUACUUAUCGUUGAUAAGUAACAUCCAGAAACCUUUCUAAACACUCACAUGUAACCUGUGUAUCACAUUAAGAACUAUAUUUACUUUGCUCCACUGGCAAGAAACUUGUGCUUGUUGAAAUGAAACUGCAUUAUACGGAAAAUCUUUUUCAAAAAAAUAAUAUACUUUUUUAGUGGAUGACGAUUAGCUAACAAAAAAAGGUUCCUUUCUUUUUUUUUUUUCCUGUCCACCUUGUAACGCGGCACUGUUUAACUUCAAAAUGUCUUACGGUACAAGCUAAGUGUGUAAAUAUAUCAGUCUUCAGUGCAGUAGGUUGCCGAAGUACCAUUGAAAAUAAAGUAUGCAGCGCCCUGCUGACUACUACCUCAUUAUCAUAUUGUCAAUAUUUCUCUGAUUCAACACCCUUUUAUCAUCUUUACAUGUCCGUGACCUAACCUGAGCCAUCCAUGUUUUUUAUCCUUCCUCAGCGCUCCUGCCAAAUACUUUUGGAACUGUAAUUACGGACUGUCCCAUUCAUUGUUGACUGAUCUGUUUGUAAAGGUAACGCAUGCUUCACAUUGAACACAUCACUGGGUGAGACCCCCCCCCCCCCAUCCCCCACUUAGCACCCCACCCAUGAUGGUUCCCAAGCGGGUAUGAGUGAUUUUUUUUGUUCCUCUUUUGAACAGUGUGUCAUGAUUGUUCUCUCACUGAUGGACUGCAGACAGGGGCAAGGCUACUUGACUCCCUGCUCCUGCAUUACUGAGUAUUUAUGGUGUGAAAUAUAUCAUUUGCAAUGGUGUACAUUUGUUCUCUCUGGUCAUUCAAUCGCCAGUAUCUGUGUCCAUAUUGAUUUUCAAUAAGGUAAGGGAUCAAUGGAUUAAAUAUUCCCUAAAAUCU